AUGCGGUUUUGUGUUGACUACCGCCGCCUGAACGACGUUACAAAGAAGGACAGCUAUCCCUUGCCAAGAAUUGAUGACACGCUGGACAUGCUUACAGGCGUAAAGUGGUUUAGUAUGCUAGAUCUGAAAAGUGGCUACUGGCAGGUUGAAAUUGACCCUAAGGACAAGGAGAAAACUGCAUUCUCCACAGGAAAGGGUCUGUGGCAAUUCAAAGUCAUGCCGUUUGGAUUGUGCAAUGCUCCAGCAACGUUUGAAAGGUUGAUGGAGCUUGUACUUACCGGGCUAAUUGGAGAUGCUUGUCUGGUCUAUUUGGAUGACAUCAUCAUCGUAGGCCGUACGUUUGAGGAACACCUUCAAAACCUGGAACGCGUGCUCAUGAAGAUCCAGAGUGCCAACCUCAAGUUGAGUCCAAAGAAGUGCUCACUAUUCAAACGGCAAGUUAGUUUUUUGGGGUAUGUAGUGUCGGAAGAAGGUAUCCGCACGGAUCCAGAGAAAAUUGCCGCUGUCAAGGAGUGGCCGGUUCCAAAAGACAAGACACAGGUUAGAGCAUUUUUGGGUUUGUGCUCUUAUUAUCGGCGAUUUGUGAAGAACUUUGCAGAUAUAGCCAAACCUCUGCACAAGCUAACCGAGGAGAAGCGACAUUUCUGCUGGGAUGAAAGUUGCGAUAUUGCAUUCCAGGAGCUCAAGAACCGUCUGUGCAAAACACCUAUUUUGGGGUACCCUGAUGCGGGCAAGGAAUUCAUAGUUGACACAGACGCAAGUGAUAUAGGACUUGGCGGUGUGUUGUCUCAACGGAAUGGUGAUCAAGAGAUUGUGAUAGCGUACUUCAGCAAGUCGUUGUCAAAGCCGGAAAGGAACUAUUGUGUCACAAGACGGGAAUUGCUUGCUGUGGUAAAGUCCUUGCAGCAUUUUAGCAAAUAUCUCCUGGGGCGGAAAUUCUACUUACGAACUGACCAUGCUGCACUGAAAUGGCUAUUGCAGUUCAAAAAUCCUGAAGGACAAGUUGCGAGAUGGAUUGAACUACUACAGGAAUACGACUUUGUGAUCGAACAUCGCAGCGGGAAAUCUCAUGGCAAUGCAGAUGCAUUAUCAAGAAGACCUUGCCCUGAAGAUUGCAAGCAUUGUACUAGACAAGAGGGUAAAGAAGUGGUAUCUGCGAGGAUAUUCAGGACAGACCAGCUCAGCAAUGAAUAG